AUGGAUUCAAAUCAAUCAAACACAAAGAAAGAAGAAAUCUUUCGUCUUUUUGACGAUAACCCGACUCCCGGAUUGGAAUUUCUUGAUUUCUCGGACAAAACCCUCCCGCCUCCUCCCCCAUGCCUGGAAGUUCCCGCCUCAGACACUUCACGAAACAACAUGAAGUACAGUGUGGAGCCCGUGAACACGUGCGGGCUCACGCUACUCAAGGGACGGGUGAGCACCCAGGAGGUAUUUUCAUUGGCAGAUUGGGAUUUAGUGCCGGGAAAGUACGAAGGCGGACUGAAACUAUGGGAAGGUUCACUAGAUCUAAUUACAGCCUUGAAUUCAGAAAUGAAACAUCAGAAGCUUUCAUUCAAGGGAAAGCGAGUUUUGGAGCUCGGAUGUGGGCACGGCCUUCCUGGCAUAUUCGCUUGUCUACAGGGCUCCACGGCUGUCCACUUUCAGGAUUUUAAUGUGGAAGUCCUGAAAUGCCUCACGAUUCCCAACGUGAAUGCUAAUCUAGAAAAGUGUUCUCCGGAGGACCGUACUAAUGUUGAGACGCGUUUUUUUUCUGGCGACUGGGCUGAAGUCGAGCUGGACAGGGCGGCCGGUUAUGAUGUCAUUCUCAUGGCCGAGACGGUUUAUUCUGUUCCGGCACUUCCCAAUCUUUACAAACUUAUAAAGAGCUGCCUGAGUUGUCCAGGUGGGGUCGUGUAUUUUGCGGCAAAGAAGUAUUACUUUGGCGUGGGAGGUGGGUCGAGGAGGUUUUUGUCCAUUAUUGAGAAAGAUGGUGUUUUGGCGUCUUCUCUUGUUGCGGAAGUUGCGGAUGGUUCGUCUAAUCUUAGAGAGGUGUGGAAGCUGUAUUUUAAGUAA